GCCCACAGAGCCAGUCCCGCUGCAGAGAGGGAAGUUGCUCACGCUCCUGAAGCUCCUGACUGGCUUUGGCUUUCAAUUCGGCUAGGACGCCGCCCUUGGCCAUAAGCAGAAAUCCCUGGCUUCCUAUGGAGAAGAGCAGAGAAUCCAGAAUGAGAAGGCUGCUUUGACUUUGCCUUGCCACCAAACAGUCAAGUGCCCUUAGGUCCACCAUGAGCAAGAAGUGGGACUCAAACUCUUCAGAAAGCUGGAAUCACGUCGGGAGUGGCAGCGGCACCCAGCACCGUUGGUAUUCAGAUAUCAACGUCACUUACGUGAACUACUAUCUGCACCAGCCUCAAGUGGCGGCCAUCUUCAUUACUUCCUAUUCCCUGAUCUUUUCCCUGUGCAUGGUGGGAAAUACUGUGGUGUGCUUGAUCGUCAUAAGGAACAGACACAUGCACACAGUCACGAAUUUCUUCAUCUUAAACCUCGCCGUCAGUGAUUUACUGGUUGGAAUAUUCUGUAUGCCUGUCACGUUGCUGGACAACAUCAUAGCAGGAUGGCCAUUUGGAAGCAGCAUGUGCAAGAUCAGUGGGCUGGUGCAGGGAAUAUCAGUUGCAGCUUCAGUCUUCACCUUGGUGGCAAUAGCUGUGGACAGAUUCCGGUGUGUCGUCUACCCCUUUAAGCCAAAGCUCACCACCAAGAUGGCAUUUGUCACUAUCGUGAUUGUCUGGGGCUUGGCCAUCACCAUUAUGACUCCCUCUGCAGUAAUGUUACAUGUACAGGAAGAAAAACACUACCGAGUGAGGCUCAGCUACCACAAUAAAACCAGCGCAGUCUACUGGUGUCGGGAGGACUGGCCCAACGAGGAGAUGAGGAGGAUCUACACGACCUUGCUGUUUGUCACCAUCUACCUGGCUCCACUCUCUCUCAUUGUUGUCAUGUAUGCAAGGAUUGGGGCUUCCCUCUGCAAGACUUCAGCACCCUGCAAAAGUGAGCAGCGCCCGGAACAGCAGCGCGUAUCCAAGAAGAAACAGAAGGUCAUCAAGAUGCUGCUGGCGGUGGCCCUCCUGUUCAUCAUCUCCUGGCUGCCCCUGUGGACGCUGAUGAUGCUCUCCGACUAUGCUGACCUGCCUCCCAAUAGACUGCGCAUCAUCAACAUCUAUAUAUACCCUUUUGCCCACUGGCUCGCCUUUUGUAACAGCAGUGUCAACCCCAUCAUCUAUGGUUUCUUUAAUGAAAACUUUCGCAAUGGUUUCCAAGAUGCAUUCCAGAUCUGCCAAAACAAAGCCAAACCCCAGGAAGCCUAUACCCUUAGAGCUAAGAGCAACAUGGUCAUAAACACAGCUGACAUCCAGCUGGUUCGGGAGCCUGUGUCUCAAAAACCAGGUGGGGAAAAUUUGAUGGGUGGGAAAAGCGCUGACAACCCCGUGCAGGAAUCCCUGACAGAAGAAAUGGGGGAAGCUACUACCACCACUGAGGCGUAAAAAAAAAAGCUUGUGACCUGAAUAGAUGCUUGGCUAGUACUCAGAAGACUUCUGAAGCCCUCAGCUCCCUCCUUCCUGUGUUUCACCAUUUCCUCAUUGCCUUUUCUUAAUGGUUAUGGUACUCAUUACCGAAUUACGUCUUGCUGCGGUCUUGGCACUUACAGCUCUUUCUACAGUUGGCAGAAUCAUCUUCCUUAAUAGAUAGCUAAUUUGUUCUCCAGUGUAAAAUGAUUUUUGGACACUCCAUUAAAACACGUACAAGCCCCAGGCUAGCCGAGGCCCGCCCCACAUCUGCUUUCUGUAUUUCUGGCAAAGAUUAUUUCCUAAACUCUUAUCACACUGAGGUGCUCAACCUAGGUUAUUAUGUGCUUGCUAUUUACUGUUUUUCCUGUUUCAAUUUCCUGUGUGAUCGGUUUUCCUUAGCACCUGUUCAAAACAGCCCUCUGUUUGCUUUCUUAGUGCAGACUACUCCAUCAUCAUUCCAGAGCAUCGAUGUUCCCAUGCUCAGUCUCCAUGGGGGUUCCCUAGUAAGGGGAGCAGGGGAGGUCUCUGAAAUGGACUCAGCGGCUGGCUUUUUGAUCACCUCCCCCUAGGCAAGGUGGCCUAAUUAGGCCACAGAGAAAGAGGAUCCAGACAGUUCUGAUGAGCCCUGAUAGGUAUUGUCAGGGAGUAGGGGAGGAGGACCUCCCCUAUCAGGGGACUCUGGGAGGGGCAUAGGGAGAGAGGAAGGAAUAAUGGUGGGACCUGGAGGAGGUGAGGGAAUGGACUACAGCCAGGAUAUAAAGUGACUACAUUUUAAUAAAUAAUAAUAAUAAUAAUAAUAAAGAAAAAAUUAAAAAGAUAAAUAAUAAACAGGAGCAAAAAGAGAAAGGAUGGAGAAUAGUAAAGUUUCCAGAGAUAUCUACUAUUAGGCUUAUGGGAUCAUACUAGGUUGACAACUUGCUAGGAUAAAAUUUUGGGCAAAUACAUUUUCCAUAGCUAGAUUUUCUCAUUUGCAAGACUGGAAUCACACUGGGUUUUAUGCAUUUGCUAUUCUGUGAAUUUCAACUGAUGGGAGAGGCAAGCUUGUAAAAUGGAAAAGCAAGUUAGUUCUAACUUAGCAUGAGGAAAUCAUUGCUAUUUUGAUUAUAAUACCGUUAUAAUAAUAUAACAUGAAACCACGGAAAGUGACUUUCAAAGUGUUCUUUAAGCCUCACACAGCGCUCUGAAGUAGACAGUGUCCCCAGCUUUCAGCGGACAACGCUGAGUUCUGCUUCUCCCAUAUUCUUUCCUUCUUUCCUAAUGUGUGUGCUUGAAUAUCCAUAGGAAGGGUAUGCCACAUGUAUGCAGAUGCCUGCACGGAGACCAGAAGGGGUUGUCAGACACCCUGAAGUUUCAGUGUGAGUUUCAGGUGGCUGUGAGCCACCUGAUGUAGAUGGUGGGAACCGAACUCAGGUUCACUGGAAGAGCAGACAGUGCUCUUAACUACUGAGCCAUUUUCACAGUCCACGUCCUGAAAAUCUCCAGGUUUAAGAGUCAUAGAAAGAAAGAAAGAAAGAAAGAAAGAAAGAAAGAAAGAAAGAAAGAAAGAAAAGAAAGAAAGAAAGGUUGGGAAGUCACUAUAUAAAAUUAAAAAAAAAUGUUUUAACAUUUCCCUGGUGUUAGUCAUCUCUGUGUUAUACUGUUUUUUUUUUUUUUUAACUCACCUAUAACUACUUUUUCAAUAGCUAUUUUUCUGAUUGUACACUGGAAUACCCUCUAUUUGUGGAAUUUUGGAGAAAUACAGGUGGUACAAAGAACAGAAUGAGUUGCACAUGUCUUUUCAUAAAGAAAACCAACCAGCAUCCCUUCACAUGCUGGCUUCUUUUCUUCCUGUAGGGCUCAGCUCAGAUCUCACCUGCUCAUUUCCUCCAUAGCAGAUCUCAUUAUCUCUAAUUAUCUUGAAAUUUUACCUAUCUACUUGUGUAAUACCUAUAUACACUAAGAAAUAGUAAAUGUGAGGCAGAGAUUUUUAUUUCAUAUUUUAUUUCCAAUUCUUAAGAGGAUACUUGGCGUACAAUAGAUACAUGAUAAAUAUUUGUUGAAAAAUAAAUUAAAUAGUUACAAAUACCUUCUGGUUUUUGGUUUAUUAAAUAUGCACAAACUAUAUUUUAUUUUCCAUUGUUGAAAGAAGCUCAGUAUUCGGUAAUGCUGAAAUGCAAAUUAAGUAAAAUGAAAAUAAUUCCUUAUCCUACUCUUAUGUAGCAAUCACUAUUCUGUUGCUUUGGGGCAUGUAUGCAUGCUUUCAUUAAUAAGAAAAUGAUUCUAUGAUAUAUGCUUUAUAGCUAUUUGUUUGUUUAAUGCAUCACAGAUAUGUUUUCAUGCUGUUUAAGAAUUUUCCAAAUAUUUUAUUAAUUUCAUUGCCAUUCCAUUAUUUACUAAGCUUCUCUGUAGCUAGAAAUGUCACUAAAGUCUUAAAUUGUAAAAUGUGUAAUUAUGUAAAAUUUUUCUAACACUGAGCAUAUUACAGCAUCUUAGAAUGGACCUAGAAGAAAAUAAAAUUGCUUGGCUAAAAUGCAUUUCCUAAUGUUAUAAUAUUCAUUGCAAGACACUGCUUAAUUGUUUAGAAACAUAUUAUAUCUGUGGUACCAGAGAAUUCAUUCCCAUAUGCUCUUAAAUAUUGCAUUUUCUAGAAAAUGCUUCUUUCUCACCAGUCCGGUGAGAACAUAUUACCUCAUGCAUUGUGAUUUGAACAGAUAAUGUUUCCCUCGGGCUCAUUGUUUGGAUACUGGGUCCCAUAAAGCUGUUUCUGGUGAUGUGACUCGUUAAGUUUGGCAAGACAGAGCUAUAGGUCAUGUAGCAGAAGUAGGUUGCUGGGGAGAAGACUUGAAGAUGGUAUCUACUUCUGCUUCUUGCCCUGUGCUCUCUGCUGCCUGAUCCAACCAGGGGUGAGCAAACACUCCAGCAAGGUCCUGCUACUCCUGACUAAGCAGUUCAACUGUCCUGUUCUUCCAGCUAUGACAGACUGUGACCUUUGAAACCAUGAGCCAAAAUAAACC